GGACUAACUAUUGAGUGGGGCUUCUUUUCAGUUCAGUGGGGUUUAGAAUCUAAGAAAAUAUCCUAAAGUAUGAAUAAAUAGAUUGGAGUAAGCAAGCUCAAGUGAGUUUAGUGGAAAGCAUUCCCAGAUAGCUAUGCACAAGGCUGCAGCUUUAGUUUGGUGACACAUUUUUGAAAACUUGGCCAGGUUCUUGAAAGCAUGUGGUUAAUCAUCAGCUCGGUUCUUGUGAAAUCUGAAAGGAUACUUGUCUGAAACGACCUUGUAAAUCAUUCAAGUAUCAGCUCGAUUCAUCCAGGGAAAGGGGUAUGGGGAGAAAGACAUUAAAAUCCUCAGGUUGCUUGUUAUUCUCUUUGUAAAACAACAGAAGUGAAUAGCAAACAUGGAGAAAGACCAAUGUGGGGAGCCGGUAAAAGUAAUAAAUGAAACUAGCAAGAUGCAGCUCAAGAGAACCAUAGGAUAUUUGGAAGGUGUUAGCUUUGUAGUGGGGACGAUUGUAGGAGCAGGAAUUUUUGUCUCUCCUACUGGGGUGCUGAAAUAUUCAGUGCUCAAUGUUGGUAUUGCAUUGAUUAUCUGGACUGCGUGUGGCAUCAUAUCUUUGAUGGGUGCCCUGUGUUAUGCAGAGCUUGGCACGGCUCUACCAUUUUCUGGAGGCGAAUACAGCCACAUCAAGAGAGCCCUUGGCUCUCCUUUGGCUUUCAUCUUCUUGUGGGUAGCGAUGUUCAACAAACCGGCCUCAAAUGCUACCCGGGCACUACUGUUCGCUGAGUAUGCUAUUCAGCCUUUCUAUGGCGAGUGCCCAGCUCCAGAACUGCUCAAGAAAUGCUUGGCGCUGGCCGUUGUCUGGUUCCUUGGGAUCAUCAAUGGGCGAAGCGUUAAGAUGGCAGCUUGGGUGCAGACUGUAUUUACAAUCCUGAAGAUGUUGGCUCUGUCCAUAAUUGCCAUCGGUGGGAUCGUCCUGUUGAUAAGAGGAAGAAAAGAAAACCUGGCAAGGUUUGAGAAUGCUUUCAAUGCAGAGAUUCCUGAUGUCGCACAGCUGGCUGAAGCAUUUUUCCAAGGACUGUAUGCAUACGGAGGCUGGUGGUCUCUCAAUUAUUUGGCAGAGGAAGUGAAAAACCCGAACAGAAACAUUCCUUGGGUCGUGAUGACUGCAGUUCCUGCAGUAACCAUAUUUUAUUUGCUGGUAAAUAUUUCGUAUCUGACAGUUCUCACACCAAAGGAAAUGGUUUCCUCAGUUGCUGUAGCGGUUACGUGGGCUAACAGAGUAAUCCCCUCAGUGGCUUGGAUAAUUCCUACAGCUGUAGCUAUUUCGAUAUUUGGUGCUCUCAACAGCAGUGUGUUUACACUUGGACGGUUAAGCUACGCUGGAAGUCAAUCUGGACAUUUGCCCAGCAUAAUAUCAAUGCUUAACAUCAAGUACUAUACUCCAGCGCCAGCCAUGAUUUUCUCAACUGUUAUUGCAUCCAUUUUUAUUAUCCCAUCAGAUCUAAUCACUUUAACCAACUAUUUAAGUUUCUCCAUUUGGCUCAUGACUGGAUUAACAUGCACCAGCCUGAUAGUCCUCCGAUACCGAGAACCUGAUCUUCACAGGCCAUACAAGGUUUUUUUACCAGUUGCCUUUGGGAUGGUGGCAGUUUCACUGUUCUUAGUUUUAGCGCCUGUCGUCUGGUCUCCAAAGAUGCACUACUGGGAAUUAAAUGCUGCACGUCUCACAGGGAAACUGCUGGCUGAAGAAUGGUCAUGCUUAACUAUAAGGAAAGGAGGAAAGAGCCCUGAAGGAAGGAAACUUGAGAGAGCUUUUCUAUUUUGGAAUGCAUGACUUUUGCUUUCACAUCAUGAGCCGCAAGAGUGGACACAUUUCGGAAAGGUUGCACAUUCCCAUAAAUAGAGUUGAGUGCUCCUCCAGAUGUUGGACUGCAGAUCCCAUAAGUUUUAGCCAGCAUAGCCAAUGGUGAUGGGAAUUACAUUUCAACAUCACCCAGAGGGGCACAUAUCUUCCAUUCUUGGUUUUAGGGAAGAUGUAAAAAGGCUUUGUCAGACAUAGAUCUGGCAAUACGAUAAAGCAAGGCUAAGCUAAUUCUGAAGCUCUUUCGACCUAUGCAAGCAUUGCUACCAUCCCAUCUUAACAUCCCAAAACAUCACCAAAUCUCCAGAGUACAUGAAGGUGCUUACCUGUCAAACGAUCAAGAAGCCUCAGAAGUGAAGCUUAUUCUUAGCAUAGCAUCUGUUGUCCUGGAUACAUGUUUUUCUAACCCCCCCCCAACACACACACAAACCUACUUUGGUGUUGGACUUGUCCUAAAUAGGUCACUGGAAAAAUCUGUUCUAUGUGAAAAAGGAGAAGGAUCUACUAUUGUUUAUGCCUGUGUGUGUACCUACAUAGGAUCUUCAAAUACAGUUUUGUACCCAAGUUAUUUCUCCUCCUCACAAUGCUUUUUUGUGGUGUGUCUUUUGGAUGUAACCAUCAAGGUGGGAACUGUUGCAUUACUGAACUCCGUAAGUCACAUUGGAACCCCUUUUACACGGAGCCAAAAUGCUUUGGAUACAAAAGAAUUAAUAGCAAUACUUAAAUGGAGGCCAAAAAGAAAACUCAGGAAGACUAUUUUCAGGUAUCAUUUUUGUGAAUCAUUUCAUUUUUGCAAUUCUUUUCUUUAUCUUUUAUCAUAAUCCUUUCACCUCAAAUCCACAUGUACUCAGUGCCCAAACCUAUCCCUAAAGGCCUUUUUGGAAAAGAAUAUGUACCUCUAAGUGGCUAUUUCAUAUCAGAACGAGUUUCAGGUUUUCUCUUCCCAAAUUGAACCUUAAUUGUAGCAUUAUAAAAGAGCUCUGAAUUGUGUGUCUUUUCACAUGAAUGCCCUAGAAAACUAUUUCCCAUCUUUGUGAAUCACAGAACAUUUAAGAACAAGGUAAGUGGAAAAUUCUAUCUUUUCUUCAUGACAAAGAAUGUGUGGGAGUCGGAUACAUGAAAAUUGUACUCUUCAAAAUAACUAGAUCAUUACUUGCAUGGCAGUGGUCCUAUUUUUUAUGGAAGGAGGUGCAUGGAGAAGGCAAUAACAAUUUAUGCUAAUUUGUUACAAAUAUUUCUGCUCAAUCUUUACGAUUUAAGAAAAAGAUUUAGGGAUGAGAAUUUCAUUGGGAGGCAACAGGAUAUUGUUUCCUUGGUAUACUAUUCAUCAUUAUAAUGUAUAUACCAUACUAUUGAUCAUACAUUUCAAAUAGUUUUUAAAUGUCUGCUUUCUCAGAGAAUUGAAUUAUGUCCCUGUAUCUGACAGUGAAUCUUUCAUAAAUGUUUUCCAAGAAUACUUAACAACAACAACAAGAAUGCUGAACCAACAGGCAUAUCAGAUUUAAUAACCAAUAAGGCUGAGCGAUUGUUUUAUGGCAAUAGUAAUAAACUCAACACAUUUCUAGUGGCACUUUGCUCUUUGACGAGAUACAUGCUAAACUGCAGCAAAAUAAUCUUAACUGCAGAAUGGAAAAGAAUUUCACUUGGUUUAAAAUUGUCCCCCCACCCUUCUCUCCCUUAAAAGCACUACUCAUUUACAGUGCAGCAAAAUAUUGGCAAGAGCUCUUAAGUAAGAAAAACGAUGAAGGGCGAGUAAAACUGCCUAUUGAAAAACAAUCAAAGUGUUCAUAAAAGAACAUUCAACACAAAGAAAAGCCUAACAGGAACCCAGAGUCAAUAUUAAGAGCUUCAUCAAGAGACCUUGAAGUAGGGAACAUUUCUUAUUAAAGAGUGGUUCUGAUUAUCCCUUCCCUUUUUGAGCAAAUCGAUUUCCGGUAGAAUUUACACGGGAUAUUAAGACAUAAUGUUACAGAUUAUUGGGAAAGCAUGACCUUGAACAUCCACCUUCACAGAAAUAUUUGUAAUUGGUUUCUCUGUAUGUGUACAAUUUCUGUUACUGUGCAGGCUGCAACCCCCUUAUUAUCAAACCUCCAGGAAUAUGCAAGUGCCUGUUUGGUUAAGCGCUAUAUUGAGCUGCUAGUGCUCAUUAAAUAAAGUAGGUCACCAAGAUCAGAUUUUUAUAUAAAAAAUGACAUUUCUGACACAGAAAAACAUUUCCUUUUAGCCAAUUGUCUUCUUGAGCUUUUAUGCUGUCAUUGCCUGAACCCUGGGUUUAAAUACCCACUUAGCCACAAAAAUUACUGUUGACCUUGGAUUAAGUUGCUUUCUUUUAGCAUAGUUUCUUUUACAUCACAAGGUUGUAUGGGAAUAUGUGGGGUUGGAAGAAAGAACCAAGAGUUCUUAUGAGGGAAGAUGGGGUAUAUGUAAAUACAGGCUGGCAUCCAAUUAAACAGCUACAAAUGUGCAAGCAAGACUUAAAUAUUCAUAACCGGUGUUCAUGAAGAGCAGGCUGAGCAGGCCAAGUCAUGCGACAGGUUCCCAUGCGACAGGUUGUAUUAUAUGUAGUCAGGCCGAGUUAGCAGUCUGUCUAAGAUAUUUGGACCAGCUGAAGUUUAUAAACACUUCUUAAAGGUAGCUCAAGUAGAAGGCAUUAUAAUAAUCUAAACAGAAAGUGACUAAGGCAUGUGCUACCGUAUAAGUUAUACAGGCACAUCUGUUCAGUUUGGGACUUGGAGGAGCCAUUUAUGGUUUCUGUUCCUCAAGCCCAUCCCGAAACAUAGUCAUGAGCAUCUACCUGAAAGCUCUGCCUAUUUAUGAAGAAAGUUUCUCAAUGCUGCUUUGAGAGUCUUAUUUUUGGCAGCAAUUGUUUGUUGUCGCCCAGUUUAACAUCCAAGAUUGUUCCUAAUGAUGGAAAACUAGAAAGGACAAGUUAGAAUCUUCCGUAAGCAUCCACAGCAGGUCACAUAGCUAUUACCAUCCUCAAACAGGAUGAGAAAAUGAAAUGUCACUAAUGGAACAUUUGAGGUACCGAUCAAAAGUGUUAAAUUAAAGCUAACGUCCAUUAAA